AUAGAAAAAGAAUGGCAGAAUCCUGGUGUGUAUACAUUUUAUCAGCUUCAGAAACCAUAAUACCGAUUGCUAGCUGAAGAAAUUAUUCAAUCCGUCAUUAUGUCAGGACCGCCUAUUGACCGAGGCUGGGCAUUCGUUGUGGCAUUUGCUGUUUUUAUUUCAUAUUUCAUCAUUAUGGGAAUUAUCAAAUCAUUUGGAAUUAUCAUGAGAGAAGUUAUCCUCUACUUUGAAAUCCAUACAACGACAGCUGCCCUUGUCAUGGGGAUCUCUGGGGCUGUGUAUACCGUCACAGGUCCAUUCUGUAUGGCGCUCGGAGAACACUUCACCCAGAGGAAGGUAGUGUUUGUGGGCAGUAUUGUGGCCUUUGUCAUGGUUUCUCUGUCUUCAUUUCUAAUCAGAAUCGAAUUCUUCUCGUUCUUCUUCGGCGUGGGAACAGGUUUGGCUAGUGCCUACGUCUAUGGUAAUGGACUGGUGAUGAUUGAGAUAUACUUCUCCAGACGGUUCACCAGGGCGACAGCUUGUGCCUUAACUGGUGUCAGCGUAGGGACAUUUAUCAUGCCUAUCCUUGUGGAAGCUUUCUUAGAGAAAUAUUCUCUCUCAGGUGCCAUUCUGAUUGUGGCCGCCAUAUAUCUCAAUGGCUGUAUUUGUGGAGCUCUAUAUCGGCCCCUAUCAUUCUAUGCUGAAAAGAGGUCAUCUGAUCCAGAGCAAGUUCCGAUCGCCAUGGAGAAACCUGAAGCCAAUGAAAAUGAUGUAAAGCAGUUCGAGCCUGUAGAAAUUCAGACUAAGGAAGGGGUCGAUGUGGCUGGUGAUAUAGGGAAUGGGGAUGAAGUGGAAAAGAGGCUCCUGUCUGAAAAUGAGAAGGGGGAAGAUACUGCAAAUAAAGUCGCAAAACCAAAGGACAUCCCAAAAAGGCCUGUUUGGACUUUUCAUAUGUGUGGAAGAAAAAGAACAUUCCCAGCUUUAUUCCAGUUUUAUGUUCUCAAAUUGCCAGUGGUGCUGUUCUUCACUCUCUUCAGUUUCUUGGUGUUCGUAGGAUAUUUCAACUUCAUUUUAUUUUUACCAUUGGAUGCCAUGUCGCGUGGAAUCACUAAAUACGAGAAUGUUGCACUGGUUUCCUACACGGGAGCAGGAGAUCUAUUGGGGAGGCUCUUAGGGGUGUUUGUAGGAGAUCAACCACGCAUAAAACGAUACAAAAUUCUGGCCACCUGUUCGAUACUGUGUGGGGUUAACAUUAUCCUGUUUGAGAUUGCUGGUCAAGUUUAUUUUUGGAUGAGCAUUCAUGCAGCUCUUUAUGGGUUUUUUGGAGGUGUUGUUUUGGUUCUCAAUACUAAAGUCGUGGAAGACUUCGUUGGACCUCAGUUGUUCCGAACGGUCCUGGGUAUGGUGUUGUUCUUUCAAGGACUGGGGGUAGCAAUUGGACAACCACUAGAAGGCAAAAUACGAGAUGAGACAAAGUCCUUCACAGCUUUGAACAUCAUCAACAGCAUCUGUAUGAUUGCAGCAGGGGUGCUUCUGUUCAUGUACCCUUUCGUAAAACGGUUCCAGGAAAGGUCAACAAAACAGGCCGAAAACAUGGAGUUUCAAGUCCAGAAGGAGGCUUAGUGAUACGGAAAAUUCGCUUAUUCUUAUCCAGAAGGAGGCUUCGUGAUUACUAAACUCGCUUACACUCGUCCAGAAGGUGGCUUCAUGAAUAAUAAACUCGCUUACAGUCGUCCAGAAGGUGGCUUCAUGAAUAAUAAACUCGUUUACUCUCGUCUAGAAGGAGGCUUCAUGAUUAAUAAACUCGCUUACACUCAUCCAGAAAGACGCUUCGUGAUUACUAAACUCGCUUACACUCGUCCAGAAGGUGGCUUCAUGAAUAAUAAACUCGCUUACAGUCGUCCAGAAGGUGGCUUCAUGAAUAAUAAACUCGUUUACUCUCGUCUAGAAGGAGGCUUCAUGAUUAAUAAACUCGCUUACACUCAUCCAGAAAGACGCUUCGUGAUUACUAAACUCGCUUACACUCGUCCAGAAGGUGGCUUCAUGAAUAAUAAACUCGCUUACAGUCGUCCAGAAGGUGGCUUCAUGAAUAAUAAACUCGUUUACUCUCGUCUAGAAGGAGGCUUCAUGAAUGAUAAACUCGCUUACACUCGCCCAGAAGGUGGCUUCAUGAAUAAUAAACUCGCUUACAAUCGUCCAGAAGGAGGCUUCGUGAUUAAUGAACUCGCUUACACUCGUCCAGAAGGAGGCUUCAUGAUUAAUAAACUCGCUUACACUCGUCCAGAAGGAGGCUUUGUGAUUAAUGAACUCGCUUACACUCGUCCAGAAGAAGGCUUCGUGAUACAGAAAACUCGCAUACAAUCUUUUCCGUUACCAUGUUUACAGCUUAACAGUAGCAAUGCAGAUAUCGAACGUUUUAUUUUAAUUAACUCUCUCAUUUUCACUAACUUUAAAUGUUUGUCAAUUAUAAAGUCCAUGUGUUGUGAUUAUAUAUUGUUAGCUUGCCUAAAGUUG